AUGUACUCUGCUCCCAUGGCGCUACUCCACUGCUUUGGGCAUAUCGGCUCCGGACCGAGCUGGGCAGAGGUGAGAAGCAAUUUGUCUUUCUACACCGCAAUGAAUCUGGCCUCGAGAGACAUCACAUUAGACACACAGUCCCCUAUGUACUGGGAGCUGCUGAAUCUUUGGAGGAAGGUUGAUAGCGACACGGCCCUGUCACAGCAGGCGUCGAAUCAGUGCAUGGUGGGGUACGUCACCUUGAAAGUCAUCGGCUUCAUGUCCCUGCGGGCCGAAGUGAUGCUCGACGAGCUGGUCAAGCCUGAAGGCGUGAUGAUCCACCAAGUGUUACGGUACCUGGCCUCCACCUUGGAUUGGCACAAAGUGGCCGAUCUGGGAUGGCCUCUCUUUCGGCUGCUAGCGCGACUCGAGAGUCCUGCUCAGAGUGAGCUUGGCAUGACAAAUCCGUUGAACACGUGGUCCGAAGCGAACUGGAUGAGCGAACUGCCUUUCUUGGAGUUGGUGCAAAAGCACCUCGAUGAGGGCACCACAAUACCAGCAGCUGCAAGUGCCUUGCUGCUGUCCUACCCGGAUCGCAUUUCACCCUUCAGCCGCGCCACCGCGCUCUUCGCGCUGGCCGAGGUGCUUCGGCCUCCACGGAUGGCUCCAGAUGAUGCUGGAGAGGCUGAGAGGCUGAUUCGGCGGGCAGUAUACAUUUUGUCUGAAGAUUUCCUGGCGCCAAAGUAUCCGCCAAUGGUGCCGCUGACUUCUCGCUGGCCCAUCUUCCAACUUGCAGAUCGACUAGCUUGCAAGGGAGAGGUUCGCUGGAACCUCCCAGCGCAUGCGGCCCAAAGCAGACCACGUGUGGCAGUGCUGCCAACUCCCGAAAAGGUCUCUGAUGUCGUGCGCUCUUGCAGUCUCCCUUACUGCGACCUUUGCUUCGUGGAGCUGGCCUUACGCGCUGUGGCUGCUUCGGCGCGGAAGAGCUUGCAUCUCUUGGAGGUAGGCGCGAACCUGGGUGAUUGCACUUUCUGGGCAGUGGCUCACCUGGGCAGGCACAAACUGGAGGCGGCAGUUGCUGUCGAGCCCGUGCCGAGCGUGGCCACGGCGAUUCGGAGGAGCGUGGCCAUCAACGGCUGGGACUCCAUCCAGGCUGUGCAAGCAGCGGCUGGUGCCAGAGAAGGCCAGGGCUCAAUGCAUUUCCUGGCGCACGACGCGGGAAAUCCUUUUGCCAGUGCAACUGCGGUGGCCCCACGGAAUUUCUCGGCACUAUCCGUGCCUGUCCGCGUGACCACAAUUGAUCGCCUCUUCUCGUCACAGCCACGACACGGAACCGCUCGGAUACUCAAGCUCUACGCCUACGCUGACCUCCUGGAUGUGCUGAAGGGUGCGCGCUCGGCGUUGGCAAGAAGGGUGGAUGCUGUGUGGCUAGCCUUUGCUGCGGGACUCUUGCCUCGACCUCGAUCCGCGGCUGUGGCCAUGUUUGCCUUGUUUCAUCAGAAGGGCUUUCGAGUGGCCUUGCCAAGCUUCGAGGUAGAUUGGUGCAGAAGUUGGCGUCCUCGUUCGGUUGCAGAGAACAGGAUGCGGCAGUGGCUAUCAGCAACGCAGGGACAAAGAACUGUUCAUUCUAUGGUCUAUGUCGUGGCAUUCCGGCCACGAGCCCUUCACUGCAAACCCUGGCAAAGCUUCAAGCACCAGGCGGAGGAAUCCCGGCGCUGGGACCGUGCUGGCACGGCCAAGGGUUGUUUUUUCGGACGUUCGCGGCGGCAGCUGCUCAUGGCAAAGCGACAUCGUGCCAGCUACGCGUCAUAUUACCUGGGUGAGGAAGAAUUAGAGCUAGACCGGCUGAUCCGAGGGAAAAAGGGAGUUGCUUUCUUUGGUGCUGGCCCUGUGGCCAUGUGCAGCCUUGCAACUUCGCCCCCUCCAUAG